CUGAGACAUUCAAAUGCAUAGCAGCUUAAGCAGCAGCUGCCUGCAACUGCUCAGCAUGCUCAUAGUUUAAGAUCAGGUUGCAGACUCCUCUGUUUCAGAGUACACCUGGACCGAAGCAAGAGCAUGACAGGAGCUAUUUAGUUUGUUUUAGGGACGUGGUUCAUGACAAUCAGACGAGGCAAAUGUGGGGCAUGUAAAUAGGGGUGGGCUGAGACGAGAGGAACAGGAAGAAUAGAGCGGAGAGGCAGAAGACUGCAAUACAGACAGAGAGAGAGAGAGCUUGUUGCGGUGGUAUGUGAAAUACUUCACAGCAGAUUUUUUCUCUGCUGUCUUGUCUACAUAGAGAUAUUGACCAGACGAGGGACGAGGCAAAAAAUGCUGUACCCCAUCUGUGGUCACUUCAAGAGAUGAUGUUGUGAGGAGAUAAAGUUCCAACGACAAAGAGUUUGACAGACACAAUAAUGGAGAGCAACAUUGAAUUUUCUGUGGAGGAGCUGCUGGAGCCUCUCAUCAUCACCGAGGACGGAGACACAACCACAGGAGAGGCAGCGAGCAGCUCAAAUGCCAUCUUGCAAAGCUGUGGUGAAGACUCUGCUCUCAAAAAGAAAGAGGAACACCCGGGGGAGGACGAGAAUAAUGAAGCUGCACCGAGUAGUGAAACGCAUUCAGAGGAGCUAAAGUUGGAAAAGCAGCAGAGCAACACGGAGGAGGAGCAUUCAGAGGUUGAUAAACUGGAGGAUAGUGAGAAGAGAGAUGAUGGACUAAACUUAGACAAAAACAAAAGUGAAGAGCAGAGACAAGCUGGCCAGACAGAGGAGGAAAAUUCCUCUGAGCAGCAACCUGAAGGGGACAAAGACCAAGAUGAAGAUGCAAAGAAGGUUCACCGGUUAACCCCUGACUUCCCGGACUCGCUGUUUGAGCUGCUCUGCACCCUGCAGGAGGGCAGGCGGCUCAACGACCAGCGAUGCUCCUUCAGGUUGGAGGGCGGGAUCAGGAGGAGGAGGUGCCACUCGGAGCCCAACACCAGGAAACCAGCUAACCGAGUGGUCUUUUCCUCCAUGACUUCACUGCAGAAAGAGGAGUUUUUUGACUUGGUUGCUACUGCACAAGCUCGCCGGCUGGAUGACCAGAGAGCCCAGCUGGGAGGCUCUCUGCCCCCAAAACCAAAAUCUAGAAGCUUUCGAGGCAGCUUAAAGCAGCUGACUUUAGUGAAAAAAUCUGAACCGGUUCCUGUCCCCAAAGAUGUUCCUGCCCCUAAAGAUGAUCUGUAUGAUAUGAUUCUGACAACACAAGCUCAGGGCCGGCUGGAGGACCAGCGCAGCAGGGCCCCCGGCCCCAUGGAUGAUGAAGACUUCUUCUCUCUCCUUCUGAAAGUGCAGGGCGGGCGAAUGGAUGAGCAGAGGACUGAACUGCCACGCUUGCUGAAAACCUGAGACAAAAAUUAGAAACUGUGGCCAGCUGUGAGAGCCAAUGAGUGUCUUAGCCUCUCUUUUUUUGCUUUGAUUUCCUGUAUAAGCAGGGUUUUCGGAACCAUAACUCCUCCUGAAUGUUAGUCAGUGGUAAAGUUGUCAAGAUUGUAGCAAAAACGCUAAUGUUUGAUCAACAAAGCUUUUAAAGUAACAUUAGGAAAUGUUUCCAAUAAAGAAAAGUGCAGCAAAACAUAAUUCAGCCUGUACUCUGAGGGACAUUGAGGGCUACUUUCUAAAACUUGGAGGUUACUUCUUGAAACCUAGAGGAUAUUUUUCAGAGUACAGUUAGUUUUUAGAGUGUAGAUAUUACUUUCCAAACCUUACAGGUUAUUUGUUGGAUCUUAGAGGUUAGUUUCUGGAAGUUGCGGUUAUUCUCUGGAAUUUACACAUAUUUUCUAUGAUAUAUAUUUUACUUUCAGCAAUCUGUACAUUUACUUUCUGUGAAUUUCUGUGAAUAUAGCAUUUAAGUUAUGUAAAAUAACUUAUCAGAUGUGGAAAUAACCUCCAAGAUCCACAAUGUACCUUCUAAAUUCAGCAAAGUACCAGGUUGCAAGACUCAUAACGCAGCAUACUCCUUGAAAGUAAUCUUGUUGUUUUGAAAUGUAACUUGAGUUUUGCAAAGUAAGUUCAUGAAAGCAUUAGGUUACAUAUCUUCCUGUAAUAGUUCAAGGAAGUGCCUUUUCAGUUGCAGAGUAUAACCUUUGAAUUGUAUUAAGUGAUCUACAGGUUCUAGAGAAAGUAACUUCUUUGUUCCUGAAAGUAACCUCUAAGUUCUAGAAACUAACUUCAAUGUUCCGGAAAGUACCAGGUUACAGGAUACCUCAUAACCCAGCUUGAUCUCUGAAGGUACCCAGUUAGUUCAACAAAGUAAUCUGUGUGCUUUAUGAAAGCAAUCUUUAAGUUCCAGUGUAAGCUCAGAAGUGUUUCCCCGUAAUAUAACUUCAAAAAUUACCCUUUAUGUUCUGGAAUGACACCUCUGAGUUUGUGGUACAGAAAUGUGUAUAUUUACCCCAAAUUCUCCAAAUAACCAGUUUGAAGAUGUACCAUCUAAUUGGAGAAAGUACAAAUACACAAAACUCCGUAUAGUAUAAGCUUUUCCCUCAAAAGUAACCUUUCGAUUCUGAGGACAGUGACUUGUAAACUCCAGCAAGUCCUGGAAAUGAAAGACUUGUAUAAUACAUUGCUACUAAAAAUGUUUACCAUUUCUGUAGUUUUUUUUUCCUCCAGCAAAUGUGAUCAGAAUAGACUAGCUUUAUUGGAAGUUGAGGAGAAAGUAUUUGGAUCUCUAUUGUUGUUUAUUUUUACCAACAAGGUAAGAUUGAUGAGGAGAUCCAAACAGUCAUGCAGUGUUUAAGUGAUAUAUGAAAGUUCUCUUCCAGAAUAAACCAAAUGUGCAUCUGAGCCAUUA